ACAACUGAGGCAACAACAACCACAAUGGAGGCUACAACUUCAACCACAAAUGAACCAACAACCACAACUGAGGUAACAACUACCACAAUCGAGGUAACAACUUCAACCACAAAUGAACCAACAACAACCACAAAUGAACCAACAACAACAACAACUGAGGCAACAACAACCACAAUUGAGGCAACAACUUCAACCACAAAUGAACCAACAACCACAACUGAGGCAACAACAACCACAAUGGAGGCAACAACUUUAACCACAAAUGAACCUACAACCACAACUGAGGUAACAACUACCACAAUUGAGGCAACAACUUCAACCACAAAUAAACCAACAACCACAACUGAGGCAACAACAACCACAAUGGAGGCUACAACUUCAACCUCAAACGAACCAACAACCACCACAAUUGAGGCAACAACUUCAACAACAAAUGAACCAACAACCACAAAUGAGUUAACAACAACCACAAUUGAGGCAACAACUUCAACCACAAGUAUACCAACAUCAACCACAAUGGAGGCAACAACUACAACCACAAAUGAACCAACAACCACAACUGCGGUAACAACAACCACAAAUGAAGCAACAACUUCAACCACAAAUCAACCAACAACCACAACUGAGGCAACAACAACCACAAUGGAGGCAACAACUUCAACCACAAAUGAACCUACAACCACAACUGAGGUAACAACUACCACAAUUGAGGCAACAACUUCAACCACAAAUGAACCAACAACCACAACUGAGGCAACAACAACCACAAUGGAGGCUACAACUUCAACCACAAAUGAACCAACAACCACCACAAUUGAGGCAACAACU